UAGUGCGCAUCCUGCUCGGCACAGAUUUUUUUUUUUUAGAAAGAGAACGAGAUAUGACCGAGAGAAAAAGAACGAAACCAAGUGGGCUCUAUGCCACUGUUUAGCAGUAAAUUGUCAGCCAAUCAGAGGAACGCAGUUUCUAAUCCCAUUCUCGCUAACUGAGCAAGCUACGGCCAGAGAGGUGUGCAGGAGUUUUAGCUAACAGCUAUCACUAUCGUUAUGGAGACCCUCGAAUCGAGUCGCGUGUGCCGCCUCUGCGGCAAGCACUCCGGUAUCUCUAUUGAUAUAUUUGACAAGAAUGAAAACCAUUUGAAGAAAAUCAACGCCGUUCUACCGAUCAUGGUGCACGAGAUGGACCUGUUGCCGAAACACAUGUGCCAUCGGUGCAGCUACAAGUUGGAGGAGUUUUUUAAGUUUUACGUCGAUUGUCUAAAGACAGACUCGCAUUUGAAGAGCCAAUUAUCGUGGAUGGGGAAAGAGGUCCCGCAGGUGAGGGUCGGCACACCGAUGGUACAGAUCGAGAAUAUCAAGAUCGAGACGCCGGACUACGAUGCGGCCACCGUGGACAUGACACCCCUGGUUGGCGACGUGAACUACAUGAAUUCCAUGAACACGAUGGCAUUCGAACCGGACGAUAUUUCAUACGGCGCUUACAGAUGCAGAUGUUGCUGUGAUAAAAUGGACCAAAGUAAUCCGACUGUGUCAACGAACUAUUCGAACACCGCGGAGUCGCGUUGCAGCAGGCUGGAGAACGAUGUUGAUAGCGGUAGCGAUUCGAGAACUAUAAAGAUAAGCUCCUCGAGCACAUCGAAACUUGAUAUGUUCCAGGAACAAUCGAGCGUGUUAACGCAAGUCAAUAAAAAUGACGAUGUUCCAAAAAAUGCUGGUUACAGUCUAUGUCAUAUCGAAAACGUUAAAAGCAUGGCCGAUGGUAAUGAAGACGUUAAGAGCGUGAUCACUCGAAAUCUGAGGCCCAGAAAUCUUCUGGUAAACUAUGUAGGACAGAAAAGGAAAUCACCGUCUCUCAGAUCGUUGUCGGGAAAUCGGAAAUCGAAGAUAAGAGCUAAGCAACAGAAGCUCGAGACAACGCAGAUGAAGGUGGAGAGGUAUGACGACUUCGAGGGUCGGAUUCUAAGGCCGAGGAAUGUCACGAUCGAUUACAGAGGGCAGAGGAAAUAUUCGAAGUCCUCGAAUAAAAACCAAAGAUUGAACGGUGCCGAGCUCAACGUGAACAAGCGCAAGGUUCGCAACAUCGCGAACCAGUUAAAGCUGCCACCGGAACAGAUGCUGACUGCGAUAGAGGACAGGAUCAACUUCGCGGUAAAGCAGGAGCAGCUUGCGGAUCUCGAGGACUCGAUGCUAAACGAAUCCAUAUUAUCGCUGCCAAAGAACAGAACAAAUAAUAAUUUUGCUGAUAGAAUUAAUGUACUGCUCAACAAUAUUAAAGUUCAAAACGAUAGGGUCAAUUGCAGUCUUUUGAGUCGUACGCCAUCUGAUUUCAGUGGAGUAGAUGGAAUGAAAUGUUUGAGGUCAACGAAUCGACGAGUUGCGGCGACACAUUACGCGUCGAAGUACCUGAGGAGUCACGAUUUAUACCUCAGAAAUGGAAAGAGACGAAAAUUAAAUGAACCGGACGUGGUCGCUAGCACAUUCGUCAGGAACCGUCACAGUCUAAUGGACAGCAAACUUAACAUCAGGAAUCUGAAGAAAGCGUUCAGAGGCUUUAUCGACGUGGACAAUAUUUCCGCGUCGACUAAGUUGCCCUAUAAAAAUGCCUCGCACUAUUGCGAGGAAUGUCACACUAGCUUUGUCAGCAAAGAGUUAUUUAAACUGCACUUAUGUUAUCAUUGAACUGCGAUUAAUGUGAUGAGAUAGAGAUAUAUUUUUACUUGUGCAAAUUAUAUUAAUAUUUUCGAGAGACGCCAAGGUUAGCGUUAUUGUAAUAAGUAAGUUUGAGAUGGGAACUCUAACAGAGUGCCUUCGGUGCUCUAUGGUUACAAGGGUGUAUAGAAUUAUGGGACCCUUUAUGUAGUACUCGCGUAAACGUGCGUGUAGAUAUAUGGCAAUCAGCGAAAAACAUGUACCUUUAGAAUUUAUUUUGAUAACGAAUAGUAAAAGCAUGAAUAAUAUAAUAUUUUAUUAUUUUUAUGAACGAAUACAAUUACAUACGAACUAUCAGAUGCUGACAGAAAAUGUUGCGACGAAUGUUACAAUUUACGCUUAAGAAGUUCAUGAACAAAUAGUCACAAAGCUCUUCACAUGAUCUGUAAGUUUGAAAUGUUCAAAAUUUUGUUUUUAUUUUGAAAGCAUGAGGUUUAUUUAAUUUUUCUAAAAGUAAAUUUAAACGUCUGAAAAUAUUUACUUUGUAGUACUUAGUAUUGCAAAUUUAUGGAUUGUGUAUAGACCCAUGUGACUAUAAAUAUUCACAAAUCGCCUUCGAAGUUUAAUAGAUAUAUUCAUAUUCUACAUAUGUAUAUAAUAUAUAUACAUAUAUUUUAUGAGAUAUAAGAGGAAUAUAGAUUCGUAUAAACAAUAUUGUGAUACGCAAGUGUUCCACGUCUAUAGGAAUUUGUUUAAUCCAUUGUCGCUCUGCACAACAACCUACAAAGAUGGUAGAAGCAUGCCCUUCGAGUUAAUUGUCUUGUAUGUCCAAAUAAAAUCAUAUUCGAUAUGCCUUAUGGAAGUUUAACGGCAAUUAAUUAAUACAUAUUCAUCGUUUGCAACGAAUUGCAAGGCUAUUAUUAUCGGUGUUAUAUACAGUCGAAUCUGAAUUGUUAUGAAACUUAAAUUCUAUGAAACAUUGUUAAUACUUACUAAGCGCACUCUCGACACGUUCUCAGGCACUCAUUAUUAUUGAUUAAAAAAAAUGUUCUUUAAUAUUAAUCAUUACUUUGGCAAAUAAAAUUCAUAUUUAAAUUACAA